AUGGCCUCGUCUGUCUCCCCAGCCCCGACGUCGCCCUCCGCCUUCCCCCACGUCCAGCACUCUCCCUCUCCACAGCCCAUAGCAUCCAAGCAUACGUCCAUCACGCCUAACGCCCACCCUUACGCUAUCAAGACCACCUCCUCCGCCCUCUUAUCCAGAUCUAACUCGACCCCUCACUCAUAUGCCACAAAACACCACUACGUCCCUCCCUCACCCUCUCGUCCGAGACAUCGCACAUCCUCCUCCGUCUCAUCUGUUUCCUCCGUCUCGUCUGGAGGCGAAGAUGUGAACCGCCCCACCCCUCUGCCAGUCCCGGAUGGCUUUAUCUCUAGCUCUCCCGCCGCUCAACCACGCAUCAAGACAGCUGAGGGCCCAUCUCCACGCCGCCUUCGCCGCGCAGAUACGGUCCCACACAAACCUCGCCCACUCUCCACCGUGCAAGACGGCAAUGAAUCCCACGAGAACCCUGCGCACUGGGACACAGCUCAGCUAUGCGACCAUCUGGCUAAGAGUGGAAUGGACAUUGAUGCGAUCGCCGUUGUUCGCCAGCGUCAGAUCACUGGGAGGCAGUUCAUGAGGCUCCCCGCUGCCGACCUCGAGAGCUUGCCUGCAGGCGAAGCCCUCUAUACAGCCAGUCGCUCGCUGCGCUCUGGCUCCCUUCGCCGCAGGAUCUGGGUCGACUCUUAUCACGCGAAUGAGAUUAGCGCUUCUUCGGGCGAAGUCUACGCCAACGGGCUCUAUUCCCGCUCGGCGUCGUCAGUUGACCUCUCCUCAGACUCAAAUGCGGUCUCCCCCUUCUCACAAGACCCCACCGCGAGCCCCUCUUCUCCGGCAUCCUCCACCUCGUCACACGCUUCCGGCCUCAGCCGUUCCAAGUCUGAUGCAGCCAAGUUUGCGCCACCGGCAAUUCCCAUUCCCCUGCCUCACCGAUCAAACUCCGUCAGCGCUACUGAUUAUUCCGAGCGCAAGGAGCAGCGAUACCGCGAGCUGGCGAGGUUCAAGACGAGGAAGCGUGGUGUCAAGGACCUCGCGCAGAACUGGGAGCACAACAGCCAGGGGAGCGAGGCCAGCAUGAGCGAAAGCGAGUUCAGCGACGCUGAUAGCCUUUCCGGCGAUCACUCACUCGAGAAAGACACCGAGGCUCGUGAAGUUCAGCAGGCGACGAACGUGGCAGAGCGAGACCAAGACUUUAUCCCGAUCAGCGAGCCUAUAAAGGCCGAGGAGCACGAGGCUGAGGUGCCUGUCACCCGCACCGAGGCUAUCGUCGGCGUCGAGGCUCUUGACGGCCUCCCCAGUCAACUCUCGACUGUCGACCAGCCACCACCCUACUCGCUUUCUCGUGACGAGGACGACGAGCCGACGAUUGAGGAGUUGCUUGCCAAUGAGCCUGUUGCUGGAGCUCGCGCAUGGGAGACUGACUUUGGUCUUGGUCAGACUGUUAAGCGCCUGCCUUCCGACGACUCCUCAGCGUCUCCUGGCAGCUCGGGGUUCAAGAGCGCCCGGUCGAGUUGGAAGAACAGCAUCAGGGUGAAGCCCGGAAGCGGCAAGGGUAGUAGUCGUGCAAGCAAGAACAGCCAGCGCAUGACCGUCACCGCGAUCUUCGGUGACGAAUCGGACAAAGGAGACGACGAGGCGGAUAAGAAGGCAACGAUCAUGGACGAAGUUGCGCCGGAGCUGUCUCAUACGUCUUCGUUGUUCGAGACGGCUGGUAACGUUCCUGUCGUCAGCGGGUCGUUCUCGCCAAUGCGCGUUACGAGGGCUGUCGAGACGGAUACCGAGGACGAGUAUGCAGUGGAGACGAAGCAGGAGACGCAAGAGAGAGACAACGGUCAGGAGGAGCUGCUGGCGUCGAUCGCCGAGUCGCUUGCGUCGACGCGAUCGAUGCUUGAGCAUUUCAGGACAAGGCUCGAUGCUCUUGAGCAAGCGAAUGCGGCGUCCCCCUCGACUGCACCUGCACCGGAGCUCGCCCCAGAGCCGACCAAGGAGACCGCACAGCCGACUCCAGAGCCCGACGUGGCCGAGCCCGCGGACAGUCCUGUCGUGGCGCCUUCUGACGACGCGAAGAGUCCGUCCCUCAACGACGCCUCAUUCUCGCAGCUCACCCGCGCGGCGGUUUCCAAGGUCUUCGCAUGGACGUACCCAGCGGCUCACCCGGACGCAGUAUCUGUCCGGCCGUCGUCAACGGAACGCGCGGGUGUGCGGACUCUUCGCUCGGGCUCAUCUGUCCCCGCCCGCGGCAGGUCGGAGGUGCGACGUAUGCCCGUCUCAAUGAAGAUGCCGUACCUACUCGUGGUGUCGAUUGUCAUGUGCGCGUUGCUUGCGCGAGACAUGGGAAGGAGGUUCGUUCCGAGGGGAGUUCCUACACAGAAGUAA